AGUGUGGAGUGGCGGGAGUUCGCAGUCACUCUGAGACAGUGGUAGCGAGCAGACGUCUGUCGCUUGACUUGUGAUACUUACACUCAUCCAGGAUGGCGGAUCAGCUUACCGAGGAACAGAUUGCCGAAUUCAAGGAGGCAUUCUCCCUCUUCGAUAAGGACGGUGACGGCACAAUCACAACCAAGGAGUUGGGUACAGUCAUGAGGUCGCUCGGUCAGAAUCCUACCGAGGCUGAGCUGCAGGACAUGAUCAACGAAGUGGACGCUGAUGGCAAUGGAACAAUAGAUUUCCCAGAGUUCUUGACGAUGAUGGCGCGCAAGAUGAAGGACACUGACUCUGAAGAAGAAAUCAGAGAAGCAUUCAGGGUGUUCGAUAAGGAUGGUAACGGCUUUAUUUCGGCGGCUGAGCUUAGGCAUGUGAUGACUAAUCUUGGGGAAAAACUGACUGAUGAAGAAGUAGACGAGAUGAUCAGGGAAGCUGAUAUUGAUGGUGACGGUCAAGUUAACUACGAAGAGUUCGUCACAAUGAUGACCUCAAAGUGAAGUGAAUGCGCCCACUAAAUAUUGUAAACAAAUUUGAAACGAACAGUUUUUUCUGCUUUCCAGUUUUAUCUUGUUAAGAGAACUGCUAAAACCCAUUAUGAUAUAAACGAGUCACCGUACUAUCUCUGCUAAAAUCUUGUAUUGCCUUUAAACUAUCUGGCUCUUAAAGCGCUACAAUCUCCAUCUACCACGACAACCACCACCUCUGCCGCUGCCAACACCGCCGCCACCACUACAUCUACUUCAAGAACCGUCAAUACCAACACAACCACCCUAUACUGCCGACACUUUCCAUCACCAGUCGGCAGUAGCGAUGAUGCCAUGCCUUCAUCAGCAAGUGUGGGCGUGGGAGGAUGUGGAGGCACUGAUGGGUGUGGCCGGAGGGCAGUGCCCCCACAAGGAGUAAAGGACUCGUCGCCCACAGAGGUAGCGCAGUUAAUCAUGGGUUGGUUGUUCUAGGGACGCGCUUUGGGUGGCUGGCCUUCUAGAAAACAUUAAUAUUUAAUCAUUAUGUAUACAUAUUACUUAGUAGAAAGUGGCUGUGGGGGGGAGAGUUUCUUCGUCUGUCAUACAUCAUCCCAGCACUCGUUUAUUCCUAUGCUGGAGAAAUUAGUGUUGCUGGGACACCCGAGGAUGAAAACAACCUGUGUACUUGACGGUGCCCAUUGUGAAUAAAAAUUAUUUGAUACUGAAUUGACACAAUUGGGAAGAUCAGAAAUGUAUGGAUAUUUUUAAUGAUCCAAUAAUCAGUGACGAAGGUUUUUCUUCUCCCCCCCUCCCUUCCCUGCCCUACCCCCUCAAGUGUAAGAAGUAAUAUAUCGUGCAUCUCCCAACACCUCGAAGGACUGCCACCCAUACUCGUCUCUCAAGACUAUAAGAUCUUUCUCUCAUUUUAUUAGUGUUCUAAGUGAUAACGGAAAGCUAGGUUGAUCGUUUAAGACUGUCAUAACAAAUUAUCAAUUUUUAAGUUACUAGUUUUAUUUUUUUCUUCUGCAAGAAGCAUUGUGAAGGAGGAAUUGGUCCCAUCUGACCUUGCCUGACCUGAGGUUGGUGUUGGCCAUGUUGAGGGCCCCCCUUUUUUUAUUCCUCUUUCUUUUUAUAUUAUUGAGUGUUUGCAAAUAGCGACAAUUUUGUAUUGUUUGUCUGGAAGUCAAUUAUUCAGGUAAAUAAGAACGGAGAGGGUGUGCUGUAUUUUUGUUGAUGAAUGAGAUGGAUACAUUUAAGUAUCAAUACUUCUUGUUAGCCGUGUCUUUGUCAAUUUUCUUAAAAGGAAUAGCAAAUGUAUACAUAUUGCAAAAAAACAAAAAUGAACGAUGGAAAAUUUACUCUUGUACUACAUAAUACUAAUGUAAGGCACAUCA